GGACGACAGGUGGCGGUAGAGUUUUUCUUGACCCGGUUGAAUCCGUCCUGCGGAUCGCAGAGGAACAGCAAGGAUGCAGCGUGACAAAACCGGAAGCUCCGCCGGCGGGGAUAAGCCGGACAGAGAGACGGCCAUCAUGUCUAAAUACUAUGAUGGGGUCGAGUUUCCCUUCUGUGAUGAGUUCUCUAAAUAUGAGAAGCUGGCGAAGAUCGGCCAGGGAACUUUCGGGGAGGUGUUCAAGGCCAAACACAGACAGACGGGGAAGAAGGUGGCUUUGAAAAAAGUACUUAUGGAGAAUGAGAAAGAAGGGUUUCCCAUCACGGCUCUGAGGGAGAUCAAGAUCUUACAGCUGCUGAAACAUGAGAAUGUGGUGAACCUCAUUGAGAUCUGCAGAACAAAAGCCACCCAGUUUAACCGUUAUAAGGGCAGCAUCUAUCUGGUGUUUGAUUUCUGUGAGCAUGACCUCGCUGGACUGCUGAGCAACGCUAAUGUUAAAUUCACCCUGGCUGAGAUUAAGAAGGUCAUGCAGAUGCUGCUGAACGGGCUUUACUACAUACACAGAAACAAGAUCCUCCACAGAGACAUGAAGGCUGCUAAUGUUCUGAUCACCAGAGAUGGUGUUCUGAAGCUGGCUGAUUUUGGUUUGGCCAGAGCAUUUAGUUUGGCCAAGAACAGUCAGGGGAACCGCUACACAAACCGGGUCGUCACACUGUGGUACCGACCACCUGAACUACUGCUGGGUGAGAGAGACUACGGGCCUCCUAUAGAUCUGUGGGGUGGAGGGUGUAUCAUGGCGGAAAUGUGGACCAGAAGCCCUAUCAUGCAGGGCAACACAGAACAACACCAGCUCACCCUCAUUAGCCAGCUAUGUGGCUCUAUUACUCCUGAGGUUUGGCCCGGUGUGGAUAAGAAGUAUGAACUCUAUCAAAAGAUGGAGCUUCCUAAAGGUCAGAAGCGGAAGGUGAAGGACAGACUCAAGGCUUACGUGAAAGACCCGUACGCUCUGGAUCUCAUCGAUAAACUGCUGGUUCUGGAUCCGGCUCAGAGAAUAGACAGCGACGACGCUCUCAACCACGACUUCUUCUGGUCCGACCCCAUGCCCUCUGACCUCAAAAACAUGCUCUCCACGCACAACACCUCCAUGUUUGAGUACCUGGCACCACCACGCAGGAGAGGUCACAUGCCCCAACAGCCAGCCAAUCAGAACAGAAACCCUGCCACCACUAGUCAAUCAGAGUUCGACAGGGUCUUUUGAUUGAAUUAGUCACGCUCAGACAGUCUGUGAUUGGUCAAGGAGAGAGAGACUUUGGACUGAAACUUUAGUGGUCUCAAUUAUGAAAUAUAAGACUUUUCCACAUAUCUCUUGAGUUAUUGCUUCCCCAGAGUUUUGUGUUGGACAUCUAUGAAGUAUGCAGACACCAUUCCUGAUGUUUAGUGUUUGCUCUCACAGAAACUUUAUUAAUAUUACAAAAAAUGCUGAAUACUGAUUGAGGAUGAGAUGAGCUCAAUUGAUAUGACUUGAUGCUUUACUACCAGAGCUGAUCCAGGAACAGCUUCAGCACUCUGAGAUAGUAGUGACUUAUUGUGCUGCCAGUGCAUUGUGGGAGAGAAAAAAGUGUACUUAGUGUUUUCAUGAUCAGGUUUCUGUUUUCAUGCACAGAUUCAGUCUAGUGUUGGAUGUAAAUCUGAUAAGAUGAUUUUGUAUUGAAAAGCUUUACUGCUUUUUGUGUUGGAGAUUGUUUGACAUUUAUUUAAACCCCUGACUUCUCUGUUCAGAUUUUAUUGUUAAUUUACGUUCUUGUUAUUUUUAAAGAAUGUUUUUAUUUGUAAGAUCAUGUGUUUGGGUUCUUGGUGUUUAAGUUACUUGUAAGUAUAAUACACCAAUAAAACCUUCACAUUUCCCACCA